AUGGCCUUCCCCACGUCAGGUCUAGCACGACUACUGAAGUCGCUAAUACAAGUACGCGGGAUAGACGCCACGAAAUUUCUCAAUGGGCUUCUCACGUCAAGAUUGCUCCCCAACAUCAUCAAGAAGAAGCAACAUACAAUCAGUGAAGCCGAGUCUCGACACGCCAACUUGGCCGAGAUAAUAGACACUCGAUCCAACUAUGGAUUAAUGCAUGAAGACAUCUACGACCCCGACUUUAAUAUUGGUAUAGGUCGAGAUGGAAUCAAUUCGAUGAUUUUGAAUAGUAAAGGCCGGGUUGUUACUGAUUUGUUCUUGUAUACUUUACCAUUUGACAAUUACAAAGACUGUUGGCUGGAGUUGAUGCAAACACCGGGGUACUUGAUCGAAGUUGACCAGGCUAACCUGAGAUCAGUAUUGACGAUGUUGAAAAUGCAUAAAUUGAGCGCCAAGGUCAAAUUUCAAGAGGAUCAAGGUUUGCAUUCGUACUACUAUUACGAUGACUCGCAGGAGUUUUUGGAGUGGAUGGAAGAUGUUCAGCUGGAGUAUUUCAGCAGUGCAGAUCCGGUCAAUGCUUUGCAGCUGGCGAAUUCGUUUAUUCGCAAGGAGGUGAUUUUCAAUACGAAAUACGCGGGGAAUAUCUUGGGUUUUGCUUUUGAUAAUCGAAUACCGAGCUUUGGAUUCAAGUUUGUUACGAAUAGAAAAGUGACUGAAGAUGUGACGCUGGAAAAAGAAAAGGAAGAGAAGGAUAUCUUGAUUCAUGAGUUAUUUUCGAGUAAUUUCAAGUUCCCUGUUGCCAAAGUUGCCGAACUGGCUGUCGAAGAGAGGAGAUUUGUCAAUGGCUUGUUUGAGACGCACGAUGCCCGCGAUGAUGCCAAGCUUCUUCCCUUUGAAUGCAAUUUGGACUACACUAAUGGAUUGUCGUUGGACAAGGGAUGUUACGUAGGUCAAGAAUUGACUAUUAGAACAUACAACAACAAAACAACGAGAAAGAGGGUUUUCCCAGUGGAGUUUUUCCGUCUCACUCCCGAGUUCGUGGCAGAGGCAAAGUCGUAUGCUGGUGGCGAGUCAACUCAAGCACUACCACAAGUUGAGUUGAUUGCACCUGAAGAUGUCCCGAUUGAGUCCUUAGAGGAGAGCGAAGUUUGGCCCUUAUUCGAAGGAGAAGAACAAGGAGAAGUGAUGGACAAAGGCAAGAGUGGUGAAGAAACCACCAGGAUUCAAAGUAAUAACCCAUUUGCAUCUAGCAUGAAGCUGAGGUCACCAAGAGCAAGAGUCAGAAGAAACGGAGUCGGCAAGACACUUGCGCGGAAUGGCAAUCUCGGAUUCUGUACGUUGCCAAUUUCGUCUGUGGAGAAAUUCCCAUUUUUCAAGUUGAAAUUCACUCCUCAAGAAGGGGAAAAGGAGGUUGAAAUUGGAGUCAAGGCUGUUAUACCUGACUGGUGGCCCGAAUAA